CCCGUUUCUUCGCGCUUUAAACUCACGGCGUCACCCCAUCCCUCUCUUACUCCCUCUUCUUCUACCCCUCCGUCUCUGCCGUAUUUACAAAUCAUCGUCCAUCUCCCCAACACGCCUUCACCACAACAUCCGUUAUUUAGUAAUGUCUGCCGACCAGAUCACCUACUAGGCGCAUCGCGUCUAGUCUCCGUUCAUCCGCCCGAACCGAUCUGAUCUGCACGGUCAAGUCGCUCUUCUGCCUCAUCUAGAGUAGGCAUAGGCUCCGGCUUUCAUUGAAACACAGACAGCAAUCUCUCUAUCAGCAAUCCAUCCAUCAUUCCUUGCGACCCAGCACCGGCGCCUUUAUCGCGCCUUCGGUUUCACUCUACCACACCUCCGGCGCCCAAGUCACCGACCUUUCCCACAACCGCCGCCACCACCCCUAUCCCAAUCUGGCGCGACUCCCAAUUUCCGUGACAUCAUUCGACACGUUCCCACUCCUGAAAUCGACCAUCACAACAGCCUGAUCGCAGCGCGAUACCGGCGACAAAACACACACUGCGACUCUCGGAUCAUCGGCCAGCGCGCCUUCAAUUCGGACAACACCAAUACUUUGGGCAACCUACAAAACGCCUGUAUUCCCAUUUUCGUACCAUCACCUUCACCACAGCCCUGUCCGGACCGUUCAAGAUGAAGUACUUACCGCUGCAAGACUUUGACGCCGUCACUGGCGCUCUCAACUUCAACACCCCCGAUUGCAACGUCACUGGCGGAUGUGAUCUGUACACGACAAAGUCGACCGGUUCCGAUAAGAAGUUGUACAAGAACAUCGACAAGGACCUGAGCUCACAACAUGCUGCGCUACUGAAACUGGGCGCCAGCUUGUCCCCACCGGACCGCGAAGCCAUGCUGGCGACAUCCCCCAACAUGCAAAUGUUCUCGCACUCCAGUGCUUUUGGCCCCCUGUCAGAACUCGCAAGUCGCCGCACAUUUGCCUAUCUGAUUGCGACCCUGAACGCGAGUCAUCAACACUACGAUUUCUCACACGUCCUGAGACCGGGCGACUUCAAGAAGGAGCGGAAUCUGCGGCGGGUGAUGGGGAAUCUCGACUCGAUCCUGCAGAAUGUCAGACCGCAUGUCGAGGCUCGCCCAAUCGAGCAGGCCACGUCUUCGGAGACCAAGCCGGUAUGGGGUCCACAUUGUUGGUCCAAGAUUGAUAAGGAGAUGCGCCUAAACGAGUGCACCGUAUUCAGCUACAACCCAGACGUGGACCCCUUUGAGGAGGAUGAGUCUGCGAUUUGGGCCGCUCACUACUUCUUCUUCAACCGUGCUCUGAAGCGAGUCGCUUAUCUCUACGUACGCGUCGUGCCCGUCGUUUCCUCGCAAUCACCACGCUUGCAGCCGGCGCUUCCCGGCUCUGUAAAGCGCGCGCGGGGGGCCCAAUUUGAUGCACUGGAUGCCAACAAGCGCGCAAAGUACUGGCUCGGCGACCGCGACGCCCAGCUCGUGGCGCCCGACGAAGACGACGAAGAAAGCGACGGCUUCCUCUGGAAUCGGGGUGCCGAUGGCGAUCUGGUACCGUUUUCCGACGACGACUAUACCGAGGAGCGUUUCUUCUACGACGAAGAGGAAGACGACGAGACCGAUUCCGACCCGAAGAGUCCGGUACGGCGCAUGAGCGAGGACGUCGUGGCCCACAUGGAGAUCUAAAGAGGACUACUCCACACUGGCGCAUGACCUGUUCUCACUUCCCCGUUUCAGCAACGCGAGGGCGGAUGGGUCCCCGUUACUCGUUUCUCUGAUGUUAUCAGAGCCAUUAUGACGAAAU